ACGAGACCCUAAGUUUAACGCUUUACUACACGAAGUAUGCCUUUGACGGGUGAAUUCCAGGAGUCUGAAGAGAACUCUGAAGACUCGGACCAAAACGCCAGACCCAGCAAAACAAAUGGUCGCCGCAGCCGUCAUCGGAACCACCGCCAUGUUGAACGAGUAGCGGCGCGGCGCUGUCGUUCCGACACUGCCAUAACAACUAGCAAGAUGCCCACAGGAUUUGAAAACUCUGCACUGAAGAUGAGCUUCUCCCUUUCUUCACUGCAGCCCUCUAGUGGUAAUCUAGAAGGCACAGAGCAUGUGAAGAUGAGGGCAGAGAGACCCUAUAACAGCCUAACAAAGAAAUCUAGAAGAGAUCCUGAGCAAGAAUCGUGGAGGCACUCCUGGGGAAGUCGUGAAGUAAACAAAGAUGAAUUCUGGGCAGCUUUACAACACAACUAUGACUACAUUAUGGACAACAACCUCAUUGACAGUUGUAAAGAGGCAAGUGGAGAGCUUUCAUGGGACGACCAGGAUGUGGCACCUGCUUUGACAUGGAGUUUCAAUGAGUUUAUAAAUCAGUUCUCUGAAAUCUAUUCUUGGCUUAAUAGUAUUCAAGAGGCUGUUUAUGGCAAGGAAGACAGUGUUAUGGAUCAGAAUCUCAGAACUAGUCAUUUGGAAGAGAUGCGACGCAAUUGUUACCGCCGUAAAGUGUUCAAUGACCAAGCACGGAAACUACUUUCAAGGUAUCCUGAUGUGAGAGAUGAAGUAUCGUGGAGAGUUGCUCAUUUGAAUACUAAAUGGGACAUGUUGGAACAGGCUAUUUCUCCAUGCAAAAACAAAUCUGAUAAAAUGGAUCAGUAUGCAAGUGUGGAACAUGAGGUAAAGUGCUUGCGUAAGUGGGUUCGAGAAAUGGAAGGUCAUUUGGAACCGCUUGACUUCAGAGUUGUACAAAGGUGGUCCCACCCAGAAAUUGAAGAGAAGGCACGCCAGCUGUCGGUGCUGCUUCGAGGCAUAAAGUCGCACGGAAAGAUCGUGACAUCUGUAGUGCGGUUGUGUGAGAAAGCGGCUGCGGCUGCAGCGGCGACGUCUGCGGCUAGCGACGACGAGGGUGGAGCCUCGAGCGGGACAGCGGCGUGUGGGAGGACAGGAAGGUCGCGGUCGGCGGGCAGCGCGUGGCGCGUCGCGCGCACCCUCGAGCGCCGCUGGCACCACCUCUACCUGCGCGCGCUCGAGUGGCAGUGCCACGUCGAGGAGCUGCUCAACAGCCGCAACCCGAGCCCAAGUGGGGUGUCUUCGGAGAGUGACGAAGAACCUGUUAGUAAACAUCCACGUCUUACAGGAGCUGGUGAUACUUCAGAUGAGGGUUCAUAUUUUGAGGAUGACUUGGAGGAGCUAUGUGUGAUGGAAUCAAAUGUAGAUAAAUGUGAAAACCUUCAGCCAAGUCCUGCCCAUCCUCAAAACACUGAAUCUGAUUUUAACAUGGUGGGUGCAAGUGGCAGUGUAUGCAGGCCAACUAGUCUUACCAGAGAUGGCUUUGCAACUAGUGAAGAUUGCAGUAAUUUCAACAGGUCAAAUUGGUUGGCUAACAACAUUGGAACUUUUUACUUCAAACAUAUGGACACUGACUCUGAUCAGGACAAGGAAAAGAUUAAGAGUGAUGUGAGUCCUGGAAUAUCAAGGAUCUCAGUUAAUGAUGCCAAGUCUCAGGAAGAGUCUUCAGAAGAUGAUGAGUGGACAUACACACCAGGCAGCAUUCCAUCAAGGCAGCGUAAUCGUAAGAGUGACUGCUCAAGUAAUAUGUCAGAAGUGACUGUCCGUAAGAGCUCUGCAGCAGUGAAGUUAGAUUUUGGUAGCAGCUCAUCUGAAGGAACUUCAAGUAGUGGGAAAAAAAAUUUAGAACCUUCAGCAGAAGAGACAAAGAACACUGAACUGUCAACCUCCCCUCUGAGGAGGAAAAGCAAAGAGCAGCUUGUAAAGAGAGCACUAGGCAGAAUUGAACCUGAAAAGCUUCAGAGUGAUAAGAAAACAUCUGGUAAACCCAUGCAUACACAAAGAGUUUUUGAACCACUUCUUUUGGACCCAUUCUCUGAUCCACUUGUAAGAGCACAAGCAAAGAGUGCACGUACCAAAGAAUGGCUGAGACUACAUGCCCAGGGCCUGGCCACAGAUAAAAUGCAGCUCAUGGACAGUUGUGAUGCUAGCGGAGAAUACACAACAGGUGAUUCUGAAGCUGAAAAGGAAUCUGUAUCAUCCGAAGAUCAGAAUGGAAGUGUGUCAACAUGUCGAAAAGGUAGUUCACUUCCAGGUUGUGAAUCAAGAUCAGUGUCAACAGAUGUACUGUUGGAUCCAGAAACAACACCUGUAGCAGAGAAAGCUCCUGCCCUCCCUUCUUUGUCUCCAGAGCAAAGUGGUACAAAGGUUGUCAUGCGUACAAAACGGCGUCAGAAUCAUGGAGAACGCCCAUGGAGUGUAUCAGGCAUAACACAGUUGGCAAAAACUGCAGCACAGUCUGGAAAAAAUGAACCUCUUGCACAGUUCUCAAUAUCAGAAAGUGCUAUAAACAAAAUGGCUACAACUCCACCUGCUGCAAAAGUUGGCUCAAAUGGUGCAGUGCAUGGAAAUCUUUCGUCAUCUACAAUAGAUGAAGUGUCCGUAAAGGCUGCAGAAGGAUCUGGUUCAAGAACAAGUUCUCUUCGCAGACGGAGAAUGAGGCUCCGCAGGAGGACAGGGGGGCGUAAAAGUGAAUCCGGAUCAGAUAGCCUGAGUACAACACAGAGACCUAUCAGCCGAAUGUUUGGUAGCUCACUCUUAGUGAAGUCAGGGUCUUUCUCUGGAGUUGGUUCUAGAUCAGCAGUUGGUUCAACAGAACGCAAUACUGCAAGUGAUCCAUCUACCUUAGCGCAUGCGGGAAAUUCCACUAGUGCUAGUGGAACAGAGGAUGACUCCCGGCUACAGCUGCCAGUUUUUAGGUUGGGUCCUCUGACGCUGCCAGCCGACAGUGAUAUUGACCGCGGUAGUGCGCAGGGUACUGAGGAGCAGCUCAGUUCCUUUUCUGAGCAAGCAUGGGAUAAUUAUCAGGAAAAGUAUUUGAGUGAGCCAUAUAGUGAAGAACCUGCUGACCCAGAAACAGCACGACGUUUGUUAGAAUUUGGAGAUGAUUAUCGCAAUUUCUUAGACAGUCAGUCAGACUGCAGCUUGAGCAGAAGUGCCAGUAAUGGUACUUCAUCUCUGAGACAUCGUAGGCCUCCUGGACCUGCUGAUGACAGCUCUGUGUUUGACAGUGAUUCAGACUUAGAGGACUUCAAUCAUGCUAUUUACCUUUCUCAGGCUCAGUUAGAAUACGUUGAAAUGGUUAUCAGUGAACAUAUGAGCAAGCAUGCAGAUUUGGUUCUUGCCCCUAGUUUGGCCCAUAUAGUGUCGACGUGCUCAGAAAAUAUAAGUGCUUUGAGUGUUGUUUUGGAGAAGGAACAUGGAAUUCUCCCAGAGAAGAGGCUAAAAGAACUGAGAGGCUGGCUGGAUCGCUGGCAGCAACUGUACAGCACUGCAGAAGAGCUGCAGAGAGUGCGCUGCUUGCAGCGCGAGAUGGUCACCAUGCGCGAGGAGAUGAUGGAUCUCGCCAACAGGGUGACCAAUAUUUCCAGCGAGCUCAAGGACAGAAGUCAGCUCGAUGGUGUCAUCCAAAAGGUCAAGGUGGAGCUGACGUCCCUGCUGGAUCGCAAGGCGGAUCUGCUGCGCUUCAAUGUGGCGGUGCACCGCUACCACACAGACACCGGACACCCGGCUAGGCUGCUCAAGGACGACGUGGCCGAACUCUACCGCGUCUGGGACGACAUCGUGCAGAGGGUUACUCAACAACUGGCAGUAUUGCAACGAGCUGCACAGACGUGGCAACAGUUUGACACAAACAUGACAGAACUGCAAGGUCUACUGUGCAAUGAUCGAAUGACAUUACAUAUGCUGGAUGCAGCACUUCGUGGAGGCCAGCUGCAGCCUGAGGUGGCUCGUGUGCUGUCUGAGAAGCAAGAAGCACUAUGUCAGAGUUCGAUGCUGAUGGAGAGCAACAAGGGCAGCGCGUCGGAGGGCGUCGCGGUGGCGGCAGCGGCGACGCCGACGCCGACAGCGGUAGCGCCAGCAGCGGUGGCGGGGGCGGGAGCGGUGACGGCGCCGGCCUGCCUGCUGUCCACCCUGGCCGAGCACGGCUCGCUGUCCGACUCCGGCAUCUCGGACUCGGGCUCCGAGCACGAGCUGUGCGAGCGCGAGCGCCGCCUGGCGACGCUGCGCAGCCUGGCGCGACACCUCAUGGCCGUGCUGCCCGCCGGCAGCCACGCUCUCCUCACCGUCUCCAAGCAAAUCGAGCAAGCAGAAGCGAUGCUGCGCGGCUUGCAGCGGUCGUGCCGCGCGCUGUUGGUGCAGACGGGCGCCGCGCCGCCGGACGCCAAGCCGCUGGCAGACAGCACCGACGCCGGCCUGGGGCCGGACGUCGACGCAGAAGACUCUGCGGCGCCUGCGGUGCUGCCGCUGCCUCUGGCCGACGCGCAGCGCGCGGACCAGUCGCCCGCCAAGCGCAGGACCGCCGCCGCGUCCAGGCGGAAGAAACAUCGUGGAGGAGCAUGCAAAGGUGAUGGAGGUGAUCCUGAGGCUGCACCAAGUGGAGUGCGACCGUGGUUAUGGCGUGUGUUACGUGCUUCUUUGCCCUUCCAUGUCACCAUCAUGCUACUCUUCUGUGUUGCAUACCUCCUGGAGCCACGCUGCUGUGACAGUAUGAACACCAUGCAGAUGUCCUUCACACCACAGCUGCGUUACGUUCGUGGUCCUCCACCAAUCUAAGCUGCCACCAGUGAAAGUGAACUGUUGCAUGUAGGGCAGUUCAGCUCACUUAAUUGACACACACAGUGUGCCUACUGACUACCUAUCUGUGUGGUGUGACAGUGAGGUUUUUCUUAUUGACUUUGUUUUAUUUCCUGCCUUGUUGCAGAGACACAGUUUUUAUUUUGUCAGUUUUUUGUUCUUAGUGAAAAGGACUAUUAGAGGUUGUGUGUGUUGUACUGUGGCCUUUUUAAAUUCCUUAAACUUGCGAAACUGUGAAAGCACUUUAAGAAGAACAUCUGGAUUUACAGUCAUGACAUGAUAUGCUGAUUACUGAGCAAUGAUUAGGAUGUGAUGUUCAUUUAUAAAUGGAAUUACACACGUAAUUCUCCAGACUUGCUUCUUGGUGUAAUGUCCAUUGACCAUCAGUUAAGGAUACUGGUGAUCUUCUAACUCAAUCUAUGUUUAAACCAUGUGAUGGAACAUAUCAAGGACAUUGCUUCAUAAAUGCUGCAGAAAUUCUGAUGUUCAUCAUAUUAAUGAGUAACUGAAAACUGAAGAAAAGCUUCCACAUUCAGAAACUCAAUGUGUGAUAACUGAACUAUUGUAGUCAGUGCACCUUAAAUGUUUUAGGGAGUUCCUGCCGCAUACGUCUAGCGCAUCUAGUCUGCUGAAAUAUUAUUUCAAUUAUAUGCAGCUGUUUCAGUGUAUGCCAACCCCUACCCCCCUCUCUCUCACACUCUCAUGUUUGUCUGUGAGAGAGAAUGAGAGAUUGGGAGUGGAGGACAAGUUGUUUGAAGUCUACAGUUCCACUCAGUACCUGAAGUUUUCACUUUUAUUGCACCUUCAUGAGCACUGCUGCAAAUGUAGCAAUGAGUAGAUCCAGGGAGCAAAUGAAGCACUAUCGACAGUGAGUACUUAAGUGCCUACUGUAAUGAGUCAGUAUGUUCCUUUGACUGUGAAUUCUUGCAUUCACCAUUACUGUUCAAGUAAUCAAAAGAGUGGAAAUGUAAUGAUACAUAGUUAGUGUGCUGAAUAUAAUAAAAAUAGUUUUUUAUUAUGAUAAUAGAAUAAAUAUUAUUUUUAAUAGUUAAUUAUUUUGAAAAGAUAAUUUAUGUGGUUUUUAUAAAAUUUUAAAUUUAAGAUCUCAAGAGCAUGAGACGAUCUUUGGAUUUGGAUUAGCAGAAAAUUGGUCGUGUAAAGCAACUACUGGAGUCAGUAAGAGUUACAUUUCUUAUGUUGUGACACACAAUCAGUCAUACGAAUAGAUUAGCUGCUGAAGCACAGGAAUUGUGUUCUUUUUUUCCAGAGAAUUUCCAUCUUUCAAUGCCUAGCACAGGAUAUAAUACAUAUUAUAGUAUUUAUGUAUCCUUGGCUGUUAUAACAGAGUGCUUGUGACUUGAGUUCUUUUUAUUCUUUGUUGUUCAAAUGAAAUUCUCCUAAAAUGGUGCUGCAUACAAUCAGAUUUAUGUUAAUCUGUCUAUGGUAUAUGUGAUAUCCUUAAAGUAAACUUGUGUGUGUGUGUGUGUGUGUGUGUGUGUGUGUGUGUGUGUGUGUGUGUGUGUGUGUGUGUGUGUGUCAAAUUGCUUUCUGUAAACUAACUAAUAAUGUACCUUCCAAACCUCAUAUCAUUUAUGGAUUACAUGAAAUGCUUCAUAUGUAUUCAUGAUCGUCAUUCCUUUUGGGCACUUCUACGCUCAUGGAAAUGCAUGACAACACAGCCAAGUUUUACAUUCAUGCUGUUUUCAGGUCUCCAUGCUUGUAACUGUUAACUUUCAGAUACAUUUUCAGUAAGUCCAUACUUCCUCCAUCGCUGAAUUGGCUGUUUGAAGAGAGGUUGAUUAGUGUUUGUGUUUGGUAGUCAAAUGUUUGCAGUCCUACUUUUAAACCCAAAUUUUUGUUUAGCCGUAUCAUUUAUUGAUGGUGCACGUAAUUUACAUCAAUGCCAUUUAUAACAGUUUAGAUUUUUGCCUCAUACAGUUGUUAAUUGAACAAUAAUUUUAAAUGAUGAUGGUGAUGAUAAUGUAAACCAAAAUUUCUAGCAUUCAUAAAAUACUUAUCAAGUAAUAUGGACUUACCUGAUUACUCUUAGUUGCAGAAUAUCUACACAUUCGUUGUCUGGCUAAAUUUUCCAUUGCUGCUCUUCUUGUGGAUAGCAUUAUCCACUUGCUCAUCUAUGCGUGACACAUUUGGGGCAGAUUAUGAAGUAUAUACCCAUUUUCAGUGAAACUGUUGUAAGUUAAGAAACAGUUCGAAAUUUUUAUGUACUGUAGAAUAAAGGAGAGUCACCUCGUAUAUUGACAAUGCACAGUCACUUAUCUGAUUUCACUCAUUCAAAAUGUCAGUUCCUAUUAAACUGUGUCUUACGUCUUAUUUAAUACACAGCUUGUGUGUUCCUAAUGGCAACAAACUGUUGCCUUCUAAGAUAUCAUAUGAUGUAGACAAUAGCUGGAUAAACCUCACAUUCUAAAAGUACUACCCACUCUUAAAUUUGCUUCAAAUAUCAAGCAAGAUAAAAUCAAUUCCAUUUCUCCAUGUGACCGUCUUUUGAGCAUCAUGUUUCUGAGUUUCCAUGUAGAUAUAUUUUUGCUCAUUCGAAGAACUGAAUGAAUGAGUGUUGUAAGCUCUCAUAAAAUAUGUAAACAAUCAAUUUUUCAAGUUCCUAAAGUUUAAUGGCUAAUAGUCAGUCACUGGCUAACUCUGUCGCACUGAAUAAUAUUUUAUAUAAAUAACUCCUCCAUCACUUUCCCCUAUUACAGCAGAAGUUCCACAGUACACCCCCAGAAUACUAUAUAGUUCUCCUAGAUGCAAGUGUUGUCUGCUGCAGCACUGUGUGUAUUCUGUAUGUACAAAUCUCUUCAUAACAUGGCAUAAGUAUUGAGUGUAAUACUUGGCUGUUAAUAUUGAGAAGCCAGGACAUGCUAGAUAUUGGUCAGCAUGUGCAAAUAGGUUUGUAUCAUAUUUUACAGUCAUUUGGUAUGCAGUUGGGAGGACAACAUUUCACAUAACCGUCUGGCCAUAGAGAUUUAGGCCUUCCACAGUUACCGUAGCUCACUCCACUCGUUGUUCAUGCCUUCCCUAUCCUUUUGUGAUGUGAGCUUGUGCUCCAUCUCUAAUGACUGCACUGUUGGCAAUAUGUUAAACUCGUAAUCAUCCUUCCUUCCUUCCAUCUACAGCCAUUUUGUGACUGCCACUAAUAUUAGCAACUCUUCAACUGUGGCACAUGGAUAGGCCCAUCACUGGACUGGAGACCUGAAGACAUAUUAAGCAUUGAUUAUGUACAUUCAUGUCCUAUAAUUCAGUUUUAUAUUGUUGACAAAUGUAAAAACAGAAAACCAAGUGUCAGCAGAUCUUUAAAGAAGAGAUUUUGAGAGACAUUUCUGUACAUUUAAUCCUAAAUUAGUUUUCAUCAAAAAUUUGCAAAUGUUCAUGCUCUAGUAGCAUUUGUUGCCUUUUAAGUAUUUUGUCGUAUAUGUGUAGUUAGCAAAAUUAUUUUUCAGUUUAGUAAAUGCAUGCUAUGUAGUUUCAAUUAACAUAAUAUAGGCCUUGUAAUAUGCCUUCUCUCAAUCAGAAAACGUGCCGCCAAAGAAUGAUGCACCUGUCGAAUAGUUAUUAUUGAACAGAGUGUAAGAGCAUUUUUUUUUUCAACAGACAUAAUGUGAUGUUAAGCUCCACUUUCAUGGGAGUGGUUAUAAAUGGCUGAGAUUCAUUGGGGAAUAGUUCUGGCAAUAGAUUGAGAACAUACUUAAUUUCUGAAAGCUGCAUAACAGAGCUAAUAAUUCAAAUUUAACAACAGAGACAAUGCAGUUAAACCUGCACUGAUCUCUGAUAAUGUUUAUGGUGCUAGGUCUGGCAGCUGAAUAAAAGUCAGUAAAGGUUCAAGUGUGAGAUAUUAUUUUAAACAGUUCUCUCCAUGUGUAAGAGUGCGGUUCACAUUCCAUUGCAAAAUAAUUUUUUUUUUUUUCAUAACUUGAUAUUUUUUCCUCUUAGCAUUUCAGAUAAAACUGUUCUUGCAUUCCAUGAUACUGCAAUUUCAGUAUGCAUCCUUCUGUUUCAUCUCCACUCCCAUAUUUUAGGGUAAAAGAAAAAUAGAUAAUUUCAUUCUUUUUACAUCCAGUGUAUUAGUUCACAAUGUGUAAAUAUCUCAUUCCUGUAGUCUUCGGCUAGUAUUUUUUCAGUUUUGGAGACCAGGCACAUAUGAAAAUUCUGAUUCUGACUCGUGUUAAAAACAUGAGUGGGAGGGCAUUCGAAUUUUUAUAUAUUUCCUACUGUUGUCAUUGUGUUGUUCCAUAAGCCCCCCCCCCCUCCUCCCCCAGCAACUAAUCAGUUUUCAUUCUAAAUUUGUAAGAAGUAAAAACUUUCUUCUCAGGUUUGACAGAUUUCUACCCAAACAGAAUUAUAGAACACAUACGUUCAACACUCCCCCAUAUAGUUAGAAGGGGGGAGGGGAGGGUGUAGGAGUUACUGAAUGACAAAACAUUAAGCUAAACCAGACAUACCUCACCGUGUAAAAACUAAUUUCUACAAUUGGGAUUUGCAUUACUUGAUUUAUAUUAUAGCAAUAAUGCAUGAAACAAGGCUUAGAUUGUUAGAAAUGCAAUGCAACAUUUUAGUCUUUGAUGAGAAAGUAGAGAAUACAAUGUAGAAUGUUUCCUCUGAAUUAUGAUUACGCACACCAGGUAAUAUACUCUUUCAUUGAGAGAAAGGGUUGGGGAAUACAUUUUACUGUAGUAAACAUGGUUAAAAUCAGCUCACACAAACAGUUAUUAUUAAAUUGUGUGGUCUUCAGAACUUCUGAAUACUGUUACUAAAUUUGUUUGAAGGCAAAGUAUGGCUGGUAUUUGCACAUUAUAACUGAACCUAUAAAAGAAUAUUUUCAUAAAAGAAUCACAAAAAGUUGAAGAUACACUAAAAAAUAAUUUAUUUCUUGAGCACAUUUUCCCUGAGAAAAUUUGCUCAAGACAAAUGCUAUAUUUUCUGAUACUCUGUUUUAGUGUGAAUGCCAUUAAUUCAAAGAGGUGCAUUUUAAUACAUUGGAGGCAGGUAAUUGAUAGUGUAAUUACAUUUAAUUUGAACAUGUAAAUUUAAGUGGAAAGCAUGUUAAGAAUAAGUGUUUGUCUAUCCUAACAACAGUGAACAUGUCAGGUAAUUUAAAAGGUAAAGGCAACUCUUUCUUUUUCCUUUUGUGGCACUAUCAGCAGCAAUUAUUAAAACAUAACUAACCUUAUUUUGAAAUUUACUACUAAUCUUUUUAUGCAUAGAUAUGAUUAUAAUAUACUGCCAAUUUCAUUUGUGUUACUUUCAAAAAAAGUGUAAGUGAAAGAAUGGAACUGGUAAUUAAAACAUACAUACAUUGUAUAGUACUGUUUUAAGUAAUAUUUACUUUCAAAAAAAAAGGUGGCCCACACUCACAUUCAGUUUUGUUUUCAAGUCACAGAUCUCUUCCAUAGAUUGAGAAAUCAAAAAUAAAAAUAUUGUGCUCAUAAUGAACUGUGUGUGUAAAUGUGUAUGUGUGUGUGACUGACAUGUCCACUUACUGUUAGUAAUGUUCGUAAAUGUUUUUAUAUAAAUAUGCAUGCAUUAUGAACUUUGACUUGCCUAAUGUAUAACAAUUUGCACUUUCUAGAAUGGGAAUGUCUUCAAGAACCCAUCAUACUAUUUUCUUGUUUUUGCAGUUGAAUUUGUACCUGUCAUAGUGAAAAAAUUUAAAAGCACAAGACAUUUUGCUGGUUCAGAAAAAGACUGUAUCUUUUAUUUUAGAAAAUAAGUGCAGGUGUGUCAGUUGUCUGGGUUAAAGCUAGUAAAUGACUGAGAUAGUAUAGUCUGUGGGUAAUUUCACAGUAUAAUUUUUAAAGAUUACCCAUAUUUUCUGUAUAUGUUUCUACCACAAAACUUCAUCCUUGUCAGUGACAUUCCAAAUUUUACAUGAAUGGAAUGAAAUACUAUUGUAUCACUGACUAGAGGUGAGGUUUUUAAAAGUGGAUUUACCACAAAUUAUUGCAAAAGUAUUGAUUGGGUAGUACGUACAAACGAUUUUCAACAUGAGUUUGUGUACCACAUAGCCAAUAGAGUGAAAUUAACUUCGUUGCUAAAAGACUGAGACAUACUUUAUAAGAUUUUCAGUUUGGGGAACAUUUUUAUAUGGUGGUUGUUAAUUUUAAGAAAUUAUCAGUUUUCCAUCAAUGGGAAGUUUUAUACUUUUUAAGUAUAUAAGCCUCUUCAGUCAAGUAAUGUUUCAACACACAGUACUUUUUAAAGCAGCUGCUUUUGAACAGUGUUUAUUGUUACUAUCUGUUCAUUCUGAGUUGUGUGUUGAAUUUGAGACCAAUCCAUAUUUAUAAAAUGGAGUGUCGGGGUAAUCAAUUGUUGCUAAAGAGAGGUAACUGACUAUUGUACAUUGGAGUCUUAAAAUAAUACAGUGCUACAAAAUAAUUAAUAUUGUAUCACUGUUCUAGUAUGAUGUAAUUUUUAUAUACAUUCAUUAAUUUAUGACUCCAUGUGCAUAAUUAUUGUUUGGUGUGAAAUGAGAUGUUAAGUACAAAUCAGUUUUUAUUUUUGUAGUGUAGUUAAUGCUUUGUAAAUUAUUAAGCAUAUUUAGGAAUUUUUACUGUCUCAUUGAUUCAGAUGUAUUCAGAAUAGAGUUUCUCUAGUCUUCAUAUUCCAGUUAUUCCAUUUUUAACAAAGCAAAAUAAGAACCCAGACAGCUGAUGGCAUGUGUGGAAAAAAUGGGAAACAAAAUUUAUUAAAAAAAUUCUGUGGUUAACAAUGUUUCAUUUUUAUGUCAAAAGUUGUUCAAUGUUCACAUGUAUUUAUGGAAAAUGAGUUUGAAAUAUAAGUAACAUUGAAAUGAA